AUGCUGGAAGAUGGCAAGUUAGAGGGAGAUGAAAGCGUAGCCAUGACCCUAAAGAGGGCAGAGGAGUCCAAGAAAACGCCUCGGAUACAUGGUGUUUAUUAUCGUGCUCUAGCAACCGCUGGGGUGCUGGUAGUGAAUUUGUUUUUUAUCGGCCUCGCCGUUAGAUUCUCAAAGCUAUACACUGAGAAUGAUGGCUUUACACCAACUGCUUUAGUCUACCGAGGGAGUUGCACUCCAAUCAAUCGGUGGGAAACUGCGCUGAGUCUGAUGAUCAACAUUCUGAGUGAAGUCGCUCUGGGCGCUAGUAAUUAG